AUGGAAAAGCAAAAAAUUAAUGAAAAUAAAUUUAUCGAAAAUAAAGAAAAAAACAAAUUAAAAAAUUUUGAGCAUAAUGAUAUAAUAUUUUUUAAGCAAAAAGAUAAAAGUAAAAUAGGAAUAGGAAGAAUAAUAAAUUUUAAUACUGAACUGAAGUUAAAUAAUAUUCAUAUAAAUUCAAACAAAAAAGUUUCUUUAGCUAACUAUUUAAAAAUUUUAAAUAAUUUAAAUAAUAGCAAAUAUGUGUACAGUUUAAUUAAUUCCUUAAGUAAAGAGUCAUUAGAUGGCAUAAAUGAAAGUGCUAUUACAAAUGAAAAAAAUAGUAAUAAAAUUUAUGAAAAAAAAGAAAGAAAUAUUUUAAGUUAUUUUAGUAAAAAAGAGAAAAAUAUUUCUAAUUCCAAUUCAACUUUAAAAAAAAACCAUAAUGACAACCAUUCAUUUGAAUAUGAGCAUAAAAGUAAACAGAUUGAGAAAGCUCCACAUAAAAGCAUAAAUAAAUCGAAAGUAGCAAAUGAAGAAAGAAAAAAAUCAAGUAAAAUAUUUUAUAUUAUUCAAUCAUUUGAAUCUUAUAAAUAUCUAAUACAAUAUAAAAAGGCAUUUAAACAUUAUAAAGUUUUUUUUCAUAAAAAGUGGGAAAAUAUAAAAACAAGCUAUUGUAAAAAUUUACAGAAUGAAAUUACAUUUGAGUUAGCUAUGAAAUUAUUUGAAAUAAAAAGACUGUAUGUUAAUAACACGAAUUUACAAAAUAUUAUGAUUAAUAAUCUAAUAAAAAUUUAUAAGAGUGAAAAACAUUUUCAUGCAGAUUAUCUUUUUUUAAAUUUAAUAAAAAAAAUAGAUGUAAGAAUAAUAUUACAAAAUAAUGUUUUAUUAACAAAUGAUGAUAUAAAUGACAUGAUUUCUACAUAUGAUAAGAACAAAAAAGAUACAAAUGAAAAAACUGAUCAUAAUACUGAUACUAAAAGCAAAACAAAUGUUGUUUCUGAAAUAUCCACUCAAGAAAAAUAUCACAAUAAAAAUGAUAUAAAUAAUUAUCAAAAUAAUGAUGAAAAAAGUUCAUCUGAAGAAUUGAAAAACGAUGAUAAUAUCAAAAAGGUUGUAAGAAAAAAAAAAGUUGUAGAAGGAGAAUGUUUUCAAUACGAAUUAAAAGGAAAUUUAUUAGCAAAAUUUAGAUCACCUAAAGGGGUUAUAUAUAGAGGAUUUAUUAAAAGUAUAUUCAAAAAUAAAAAUACCAUUUUAUCAUAUUUUUUAAUUAUACCCUCAUUUUUUUGGUUUAACGAUUCAUAUUAUUUCUCAUGUCUUAAUAUAGAUAUUGAUAUAUUUGAAAUUCUUGAAAUUAUAAAAAAAAUAGAUCACUCAAAAAAAUUAUAUAUAGAUAAUCUACCUUUUGUAAAAUAUGAGAAUUACCAGAAUUUGAGAAAAUCAAAUUAUGAAAAUGAUGAAAAAGAAAUUCAAAACAUACUACAAAAAGAUGAAGAAAACAAAAAUGUGCAUGAAAAAAUGAAAGAAACAAAUAAAGAAUUAAAAGAAAAUACAAAGAAUGAAGAACAAACUCAAGAAAAAAAUGUAAGAGAAUAUAAACAUUAUAAGAAAAAGCAAGAAGAAAAAGAAAAAGUGAAAGGAAAUGAAAAUGAGAAAGAAAAAUAUAAAAAAAUUAGAAAGAGAAAAAAAGAUUAUGAACAAAAGAAAGAUGAAAAAAGGAAAGAAAAAGAAGAGAAAUUUAAAAAAAGAAAAACAGACAUAGAACAAGACGAAGUAAUAAAAGAUAAAGAAAAAAAAAGUAAAGGAAGAAAAAAGGAACAGAAAGAAGUUAAUACAGAAAAAGAAAAAAAAUAUAGAAGAAAAAAAAAGGAAAAAGAAACAGAUGAAAAAGAAAAAGAAACAGAAGAAAAAGAAAAAGAAAAAGAAGAAAAAGAAAAGGAAAAAGAAAAAGAAAAAGAAAAGGAAAAAGAAAAAGAAAAAGAAAAAAAAGAAAAGGAAAAAGAAAAAGAAAAGGAAAAAGAAAAAGAAAAAGAAGAAAAAGAAAAGGAAAAAGAAAAAGAAAAAGAAAAGGAAAAAGAAAAAGAAAAAGAAAAAGAAAAAGAUAGCAUAAAUAAUAAAACAGAUAUAAAAGGAUUUCACAAAAAAGGAUACUCAUUAGAUAAUGAUACAAAUAAAGAAAAUUAUCUAGCACAAAAAAAAUCAACUAUUAAUAUAAAUUAUGAAGAAAAAAAUACAUAUAUAAAUAAAAUUACAAACUUUUUUAAAAUUUCUGAUAAUAAUAAACAAAAAUUAAAUAUUAUCAAUGAAAAAGAUACUUCCCAAAAAAACGAAAAAACAAGUCAUAAUAAUAAAAAUACAAGUAAUGAAAAUAGAAUUUUAAAUAUUAAAAAUGAAAAUAAAAAUAUAAAGAAUGAAAAUGAAAAUAAAAAUAUAAAUAAUGAAAAUAAAAAUAUAAACAAUAAAAAUGAAAAUAUAAACAAUGAAAAUGAAAAUACAAAUAAUAAUUAUUUAAAAAAUAAAAAUAUGAAUAAUGAAAGUGAAAAUAUUAAUAAUAAUUUUAUAAAGAAUGAAAAUAUAAAUAAUGAAAGUAAAAAUGUAAUUUCUAAAAUAGAAAAUGUAAAUAUUAAGGAUGAAAAUUUAAAUACUAAAAAUGAAAAUAUAAAUAUUCAAAAUGAAAAUAUAAAUAUUAAAAAUGUAAACGGAAACAAUGAUGCCUCAAAUAAAAAGGACGAAAAUAUUAAUAACAAAAAUGAUAAUACAAUCAAAAUUGCAAAUGAUAAAGAUGAUAAUAAAAAUAUUAAAGAUGAUAAUAUAAAGGAUAAAGAUAAAAGAAUAAAUAAUAAAGAUGAUAAUAUAAAUAAUAAAGAUGAUAAUAUAAAUAAUAAAGAUGAUAAUAUAAAUGAUAAAGAUGAAAGAAUAAAUAAUAAAGAUAAAGGAAUAAAUAAUAAAGAUGAAAGAAUAAAUAAUAAAGAUGAAGGAAUAAAUAAUAAAGAUGAAGGAAUAAAUAAUAAAGAUGAAGGAAUAAAUAAUAAAGAUGAAAGAAUAAAUAAUAAAGAUGAUAAUAUAAAUGAUAAAGGUAAAAGUAUAAAUGAUGAAAUAGAAAAUGUAAAUAUCAAAAAUGAAAAUACUUGUAAUAAAAAUGAAUUAAUGAAACAUACAAAAAUAGAAAAUGUAAAAAUAGAAAAAAAUUUUAAAUGCAACAAUGAUUUUAUAAAUAAAGAUGACAAGUGUAUUAAUAACAGCGAUACUUUAAAAAUACUGAAUGAUAUACAGACAAACAAUUAUGACUUCCUUAAAAAUAGGAAUUCAGAACAUAUUAAAAAGUUAUUAGAAUUUGAAAAAAUAAAAAAAAUAGAAAUGCUAUAUAGAUUCUGUAAAGAAGAUGUAAAUAUUUUAUUAUAUAUUUAUGUUAUGCAUAUAUAUAUUAAUAAAUUAUGCAAGCAUGUCAUUGUGAAAGUUUUAAAUCCUAAAUGUAAAAAUUUGAAAAAAAAAAAAUAUGAAGAUCGUGACUUUAUUUUAACUCCAUUAAUUGGCUAUUCAUAUGCAAAUUUUUAUUACUUAAAACUCAAUAAAAUAAAAAAAAAGUUAAAAACAGAUAAAAAAAUAAAUAAGAAUUAUAAAAUGAUGAAUCAAAAACUUAUAAGAAAAGAAAGAAAAAGAAGAAAAAAAAAUGAAUUAAAAAAUGAAAUAGAUAUAGAAAAAAAAAAGGUUAAUAAUGAUAUAUCAAGUGAUAGUUCUUUUAAAACCAAACUUUCAAGAGGAAAAAAAAAUUCAAUUAUGAAAGAAACAAAUGUAAAACUUAAAAAAAUGCAAAUGACAAAAAAAUGUAGCAAAAAACAUAUAAAUCUAUAUUUAUGGGGUAUCUUUAAUUGGAAUUAUAAAAAAACAUUACGUAUAUCCUUUAAUAACAUUUCUAAUAGAAAAAUAAACAACUAUGAUGUUUAUAAUUUUUUUUUUUAUAAUUAUGAAACUCUACCAGACUUAAGUGAAAUAGAUAAAGGAUUAAAUAAAUUAAUAGAUAUUUAUAAAAAUAUAAAAACUAUUUUAUAUCAAAAUUCUUCAAUAUAUGGAGAUUUAUUUUUACUAAAAAUUAAUAACAAUUUGAUAAAAACUAAUUCAGAUGAAGAGUUAAUAAAUUUCUGGUUAAAAACAUUGGACGAAUUGUGUGGAAUUAAAGAUGGUUUUUAUAAAUUUUUUUAA